UGACCUAUAAUUCAUAUUUCGAAAGGACGCCGGCACUGCAUUUGUGGAUGAGGAGGGUGUCUAUCUCUGCUUCUACAGCUGUCUGAACCAUCGAAGCUCUUCAACAAGCAGCCAUGGCGUCCUGCAGAAUCGCAGUCCGACCUUCACUCUUUCUACUUGGAAGCUGCAGUUCCCGAACAACUCAACUAAUUCUCCCUUCUGUUUCCUUCCCCUCACCACCGCUUUCUUCCUACUCUCCAUUCUUCACCGCCGUCUCAAACCAUUCUUCAAGAAACAACCCUAAGGCAGUUUUUACAAGAUGUUUUUCCUCGACUUCGGCCGCCGCAUCUUCAGUAGAAGUAACAGACGCUGUAGGAAGUGACCUAGAACCGCCGGAGAUUCAUACACAAGACACGGUGGAGCACCUUCUCACACACUCCGAUGACGUUGCCAGGUUGAUGAAGAUGGAGCGGAGGCCGAUUAAUUUAGAUGGAGCUGAAUAUCCGCACCAAGGGCGAUGGUUUCCGUACCUGGAUAAGUUUAGCUGUGAAAAUUCUUGGUUGAAUAGUGGUGAGGUUUUGGACGCCUUGGAUCCUCUCAUAUUGGACUCGAGGAAAGAGAGGUUCAAGAACGUCGUGCGACACAGGAGCUAUUCAGUUUGUUUGGUGGUAGAGGGUUUGAGUGAUUUCGGCAACGUCUCGGCGGCGUUUCGAUCUGCCGAUGCACUUGGAUUUCAGUCGGUUCAUGUGGUCUCUUGCGACGCUUCCAAAAGGUACAGAGAGAAUCGUCAUGUUAGCAUGGGAGCAGAGAAAUGGUUGGACAUUGAACUUUGGAACUCAACCCCAGAAUGUUUUAGAAUUCUGAAAUCUCGGGGUUAUAGAAUAGUAUCGACGCAUCUUGGAUCGAAUGCGGUUUCUGUUUAUGAUAUGGAUUGGUCGUGUCCAACUGCAAUUGUGGUUGGGAAUGAAAGUAGGGGAAUAAGUGAUGAAGCCCUGGAGCUAUCAGAUUUGCAUUGCACUAUUCCUAUGAAUGGGAUGGUAGAUUCCUUCAACGUAUCAGUUGCUGCUGGCAUCCUCAUGCACCAUGCUGUUUGCGAUCGAACAUCUCGACUGGGCUGCCAUGGAGAUCUCACAUCAAUAGAAAGGCAAAUUCUACUGGCGGAGUUCUCACUACGGCAUAACAAGAACGCAAUCAGCGUUGCUCACGAGUAUGCGAAGAGGAAGAGUAGUAGCACGAGCUCGGGUUUGGAGGUGUUGCUGUAGAAUGGCAAGAGUGGUCUCUUGAUGUGUGUAGCAAAUGAGUAUGAGAAGCAGAAACACACAGAAGAGCCCCCUUCAAAGUUGAUCAAAACAGGUAGGCCUGGGAUUAAAUGGGGAUCAGAAAAUUUGGAAGCAGAAGAACAAUUUCCCCAUCUGAAGCAUUUUUAUCAGCCUUCUUCUUUCUGUGGUAAGCUUCAGCAUUCAAUUCACAUGGCUCUAUAAUGUUUUACUGUGAUUCUGUAAUUGACUUGGAGAAACUUUUUAACUUAGUUGUUCAUAUCAGUUUUUCUUUUCUAA